AUGAAACAGGAGCUUCUUCCGCCAGCCACGAUUAUCAGUCCCAUUAACAAGAGCUUUGAGCUCAAAACGCCUCCUCAUUCUGUGUUAAGACAUGGCUCUUUGAAACCCAACGACGCGCGCUCCUGCCUGAGAGCAAACGGGCUUUUGUCUCCUGAGUUUUCGUCUCCUCAGCUGAAACGCGACGCCAGCGACGAAAGUGACGAGCCCAGCGUUGAUCAAAGCGACGACGAUUAUGAGGAGCCGGGAUAUUCCAAGAAACGCAAGCUACAUUCCUCGCCCCCUCCUGCUCCAAAAUUCAACGAGCCCGAACCCAACGGCAAGAGCCGGUCCGCCACCAAGUCCAGAAGACUUAAGGGUCCUCAGAAUAUCGAGAUACCUCUUCCUGAAGACAUGCCUCCGGUCAUUUUCGACUCGAUGGAGAAGCCUCCUUUCUCGUACGCCUCAUUAAUUGGAAUGGCCAUCCUGCGAGCUCCUGGUCGCAAACUCACCUUAUCUCAGAUAUACCAGUGGAUUUCAGAUAAUUUCAAGUAUUACAAGAAGGGAGAAGUCGGUUGGCAGAACUCCAUCAGACAUAACUUGUCUUUGAACAAGUCGUUUGCGAAAACCGAAAAGUCCAAGGACGGCAAAGGCCAUUUUUGGAAGAUCGUGGACGGGUUUGAAUACCAGUUCUGCAACAUCAAGAACUUCGAAAAGAUGAUGGCUGCUGGAAAACUCAAGAGAUCCAGAGACCAACCGUCGCUGGCCACCAAGUCUUUGUCAUAUACCCCUGCUCAAAGCCAAACUGGCCAGUCGUUGGAAGCACCUUUGAAAAGAGCCAACACCGAGCCUUUUGGCCUCGAUUUCGACCAUUCUCAUCAGAACAUGGUUCUGGGCUCCAUUCCGGAACUCACAGCACCUGCCUCCUCCUGGACGUCCUCUGCCGCGGGCGAUAAUAUAGUGUUCAAGGAGUUGCAACCCAAUCCAGACCAAUUUUUGGAGUCGCCAGGAGGCCCUAUUUUUGCUGCGCGGUCUCUCCCGUUCACCUCCUCGUUCAGCUGCAAGUCGACGCUGGAGCUUUCGCCGAUCAAAUCGGGAGAAACCGGCCCGCUACUCGAGCCUCUUACGCCUAAACAGAACGGCUCGCUCAACACGCUACAGAAAUCUCAAUACCAGUACGACCAGCUGCUGCUUUCCAAGUUCAAAUCGCCCACCAGCGUGCUCAAGACGCCGAACUUCGCUCCUUCCAAGAAAUUGUGGACAUCGCCGUCCUACUUGGAUGACUUCUACACUUCGCCGAGCGCUGGACGCGGCGUGGACGACGAAAACUUGUACGGGUCUCCGGUGGCUCCUGUCAAGAAACGCAAGACAGGCACCCCUGCCCGGUACUCCACCAACGAGAUCUUCGGCAUCGACAUCUGUAAGAUCCAUCAUGACGAUUGA